GGCUCACGACAGCGAUUAUGUUCCGUUUAAGUUCAUUGAGGAAUAGCUUAAGAGCGCCAUCGUUAGCUAGUAGAUGCUUUAAUACAACGGCUACUAAGCUCCAAUCACCUACAGUCGGUACUUCUUCUGCCACUGUAGAGGAUAUGCACGAUUUGAGUGCAGAAGAGAUACUUAGAGACAGCGGCGAUAGAAAGGACGCUGAUUUACGUCACUUUACAGUAAACUUUGGUCCACAGCAUCCAGCGGCUCACGGUGUAUUGCGUCUCAUUCUAGAACUCAACGGUGAAGAAAUCCUUAGAGCAGACCCUCACAUUGGUCUUCUCCACCGUGGUACUGAGAAGCUCAUGGAGUACAAGAACUACGUACAAGCAUUGCCAUACAUGGACCGUCUUGAUUACUCAUCAGCUAUGACUAACGAACUUUCUUACACUAGAGCAGUAGAGAAAUUACUCAACAUUGAAGUACCAGAGCGCGCACAGUGGAUUCGUACUUUGUUCUCUGAAAUUACUAGAAUUUUGAACCACAUUAUGGCCGUUCUCUCACACGCGAUGGAUGUUGGUGCACUUACACCUUUCUUGUACGGUUUCGAAGAGAGAGAGAAACUCAUGGAAUUCUACGAAAGAGUUUCAGGUGCACGUUUACACGCUGCAUACAUAAGACCAGGUGGUGUUGCAUUCGAUCUUCCACACGGUUUAUUGGAGGAUAUACACAAAUGGGCAACUCAAUUCAGCUCUAGAAUUGAUGAAAUUGAAGAAAUCGUUACCGGUAACAGAAUUUGGAAGGAACGUACGAUCGGCGUUGGUAGAGUAACUGCUGAUGAAGCUCUCGAUUACGCUUUCUCUGGUCCAAUGUUGAGAGGUUCAGGUAUACCUUGGGAUUUAAGAAAAACUCAACCUUAUGACAAGUACUCUGAGGUUGACUUUGACGUACCAGUUGGUGAAAAUGGUGAUUGCUACGAUCGUUACAUUUGUCGUGUUCAAGAAAUGAGAGAAGCAGUUAGAAUUAUUGGUCAAUGUUGCAACAAGAUGCCUCCAGGUCCAUACAAAAUUGAUGAUCACAAGAUUGUUCCACCACCAAGAGCUUCAAUGAAGGAGUCCAUGGAGAGUCUUAUUCACCACUUUAAGAUCUUCUCUGAAGGUUUCUCCGUACCACAAGGUGAAACUUACACCGCAAUUGAAGCUCCAAAAGGUGAAAUGGCUGUUCAUUUAAUUAGUGAUGGUUCCAACCGCCCAUACAAAUGUAAAAUUCGUGCACCUGGUUUCGCUCAUUUGGCAGGUGCUGACUUCAUUUCCCGUCAUCAUUUCUUGCCGGACAUGGUCGCUAUUAUCGGAACCAUGGAUCUGGUUUUCGGUGAAGUUGAUCGUUAGCUGUGCUUUUUCUUUCUUUUUUGUACCCCUCUUAAUAUGAAUUUUUGAGACAUCUCUAUGUUC